GGCACCAGCAGGAGGAGGAGGAGGAGGUUUUUGGCCUCUGAAUGGAUGAACUUCGGAUUCUCCUCUUCCGUUUCCAGCACUUCAACAGCCGGAGAAACCAACAACUAUUAGUAGUGAGGCAUCCGGGGCAGAGGGAGGGCACACCCAUACCCCGUGUGUGUGACAGAUGGGCAUGCUGGCUGGAGCGGAGACCAGGGGGCACUGCCUUGUUCGCAGGUCCCAGAUGUGAUAGUGCGUGGCAUGCUGCGGGUGCAGUGUGGUACCCUCUCCUGCCUGAUAUUGUGCUUUGUGCCUGAGUGCAUGUAGGCAGUGCCCCCCUCGGCUGCCGCUGUAGAUCAGUGUGAUCGCUGCUGUACGUUAAGCAGCCUUUGUGUGUAUGUGACUGCCUUGUGAUUGGGCAUAUUUGCUGAGGGUGCCAGUCAGCCUUUUACCCUGCCAGUUUGGGUGCCAAGAGUGCUCGUGCUGGGUAAGGUGAAGACACCAUGAAGAAGUUUUCUAGGAUGCCAAAAUCAGAGAGUGGAGGAGGAGGAGGACCAAGCCUGGGUACAGGAGCAUCUGGAAAUGUUAUCACUGGAGGGGUGACCGUGGGCAGAGGGUUCACCGUGGGACGCCACCAGGUCACCGUGGAAGAGCUGCUCGCAGAAGGUGGUUUCUCAACUGUGUUUCUUGUUCGAACUAAUGGAGGACUACGUUGUGCUCUGAAGAGAAUGUAUGUUAACAAUGUGCCUGACCUUAAUAUUUGCAAGAGAGAAAUAACUAUUAUGAAAGAGCUAUCCGGCCAUAAGAAUAUUGUUGGAUAUUUAGACUGUGCAAUUAACUCGGCUAGUGAUAACGUUUGGGAGAUCCUUAUCCUCAUGGAGUACUGCAGAGCUGGACAAGUUGUGAACCAAAUGAACCAGAGGCUGCAGUCAGGAUUUUCAGAAGCGGAGGUCUUGAGGAUAUUCUGUGACUCAUGUGAAGCGGUGGCCAGACUUCAUCAGUGCAAAACUCCAAUAGUCCAUCGGGAUCUAAAGGUUGAGAACAUUUUGUUAAAUGACAAUGGAAAUUAUGUGCUGUGUGACUUCGGUAGUGCAACAAACAGAUUUCUCAACCCACAAAAAGAUGGAGUAAACAUAGUGGAAGAGGAAAUUAAAAAAUAUACCACGCUUUCAUACAGAGCACCUGAAAUGAUCAACCUUUAUGGAGGAAAGCCAAUUACCACAAAGGCUGAUAUAUGGGCAUUGGGCUGCUUAUUAUACAAACUUUGCUUUUUCACCCUUCCAUUUGGAGAAAGUCAAGUUGCUAUCUGUGAUGGGAGUUUCACCAUACCAGACAGUUCUCGAUACAACCACAAGUUGCAUUGUUUGAUUAGGUACAUGCUUGAACCUGAUCAGGAACGAAGACCAGACAUCUAUCAAGUUUCCUAUUUUGCCUUCACAUUAGCCAAGAGAGAAUGUCCAGUACCUAACGUAUAUAAUUCCACAAUCCCUCAAGUUCUUCCAGAACCACUAACAGCAAGUGAGGCUGCCUCUAAAAAGUCUCAGAUUAAAACUAGAAUAACAGAUUCACUUGGGCCCACAGAAACAUCCAUUGCGCCAAGACAGAGACCUAAGGCAUUUUCCAGUACAGCCCAGACAAAGGUGCUCAAUAUUCAAAAUGCUGCAACCCCUGUUAAGAUGCCAACACAGAGUGCUCAAAGUCAGCAGAUCCACAAUGCAGCUACAGAUACAACUCCACGGCUUGGCAAUGGGCCUAGCACGCUGUUGAGUCAGGAAAGUAGCCAGCAGUCCUUCCAGCAGCACAGAGUUUUACAGCAACUUCAACCUGGAGACUGGAGGUUACAGCAGCUACAUCAAUUGCAGCAGCAGCAACUGCUCCAGGACACCUACAUAAAGCAGUAUCAACAGUAUCAACAGCAGUUUCUUCAGCAACAAUAUUUGAUGCACUCCAUAUACCACCAACAACAUAUCCCACCUCAAUAUCCAGCCAUGGUUCAUCAGUAUCAACAGGCUCCGUUAAAACAGCAGCAGCAAGCCAUGGUCCAUCUUCAGUCUCACCCUCCUCAGUAUCUGUCUUCUCCUCAGCAGUUCACUCCAACCUUAGUAUCAUAUGCCACUCCUCACCUGGAGCAUGUGGGAGCAAUGAGAAACUUGUGUAAUACUAACAUGUCUGCAGGUGUACCAGAAAAGGAACCCACUUCUAACUUGCCAAAACAGAACAGCAGCAACCCCCCGGACAUGUCAGGCUGGAAUCCAUUUGGUGAUGAUAACUUCUCCAAGCUAACAGAGGAAGAGUUGCUGGACAGGGAAUUUGACCUCCUGAGAUCAAAUAAACUUGAGGAGUGUAGGCCAUUCUCAGUCACAAUUCCUGCCUCACAAAGCAAACACUCUGAAGAUGCAUUUGGUUCUGUUCCAUUUAUUUCUGCUUCAGGUUCACUUGGACAAAUAUCUGACACUCUAUUAGAUGUGGAAGAUGUUUCAAAAGUAUCAACCAAAGUUGAAAAACAAAAUGUCUCCCUGAAAGGGCAAAAGCAACAGCAAAAUGUCCAAAAUAAGUCUUCACAAAAGGCCUCAAGGGAGUGUGCAGACUCUGAAAGUGACUUUGAGUCAGACCCUCCUUCACCCAAGAGCAGUGAAGAUGAUGAUCCAGAAGAUGAAGAUACUUUACAUGGAGACCAAGGCAUCUUCCAUGAAGACAAUGACACUGAGCCAGAGAUCACUGGACAAAGGCCUCUGUUAAUGGAUUCAGAAGAGGAGGAGGAAGAAAAGCACAGUUCAGAUUCAGAUAAUGACCGCACAAAAACAAAAAAUUCCAAUGUGAAGCUAAGUAGACCAGUAGGUGCCACUGAGAGUUCUAGGGAAAAUACCACUAAUCCACAGCUUGAUGCAUUUGGUGCUAUACCAUUUUAUUAUCUAAAUACACAAAAAGUUACAGAAGAACAAUGUAUAAAGGAAGCACAACCAAUUAGGAUGGAUGAAAAAGGAAAAUACGAAUUUGAUGUAUUUUCUCAAGCACCAUUCAGUCGAAAAUUAGACAUGCAAGAUGGUCAGGUCACGUCUCCAGUUUCUCCAGGUAAUGUUGAUGUCUUUGGCUGCUCACCCUUUUACCCUCAUUCAGUGCAGGAAGAAAAGAUUUGUAGUGGAGAGGACAUUUUUGGUUUGGUGCCAUUUGAAGAAAUAGCUGGAAACCAUACCCAGCAAAAGGUAAAGCAACAACGCAAUCUGCAGAAAAUAUCAUCUUGUCAGAGACGCACAAAACAGGAACCAGCAAACAACAAUGGAAAGCGUCACCAUGGCACUCCAUCAAGCACAAAAAAGACAGCCAAGCCCAGUUACCGCACUCCUGAAAAAGUCCGCCGUCACAGAAAAGGGGGAAGACGUGACUCACAGAGCAGCAACGAAUUUCUUACUAUUUCUGACUCAAAGGAAAACAUUAGCAUUUCUCUUAAUGAUGUUAAAGAUCGCAACAAUAUUUUACAAGCAGAUGAAAGUAUGGUGGACCCUUUCAGUGCCAAACCGUUCCAUCCUCAAGAUUUGAGGCAACCUCAACAUCACGGUCUUGGAGAUAACCGUGGAGAUCAUCACCCAGCAGCAGCCAGCAGGCCAAGGCAGAGUUCACUGCAUGGAGCUUACCUCAGCAGUGAUAAUGCCAAAAUUGAUGACUUUGGUGCCGUGCCUUUCACUGAACUAGUGUUACAAAGUGUAACACAACAACAAAGCCAGCAGCCUCCAUCACAACCAUUAGAUUUAGAUCCAUUUGGUGCAGCCCCUUUUCCUUCAAAGCAGUAAUUACAAUUUUUAUUUAGACUAUUGGAUUGUUAUAUUCUACUUUUAAUACUAAACUAUACAGCUCUCUUAGAUAACACAAAGCAUUAUCUUUAGCACAUUUUUAACACCUAGACAAUGUCUGGGAGCAUAUUUAUAUUUUUUAUUGUUAUUUUAAAUACUAUGGCGAAAUUAUAAUAGCUUUAAUAUAUGUCUCACACAUUCCUUCUUGAAACUUGCACUUCUGGAGUAGUGUAAAUGUUCCUAUUAGCUGGUAUAACAUGCAAAUGUGUCCUUCCUUACCUUGGCUCUUGGUUUCAGAUAUCCUGGAAUGCGUGGUGUGAAAUGAUCAGCGUUAAAAAAAAUAAAAAUAAAAAAAUCUUUGUAUUACUGUGUUGGGUGUUGUAACACAAAAGUUUUAUUUUUUCAAAGUUGGUCGUCUCGCAAAAGCCAAGGUUAGGAAGGACACAUCUGUACAGAUCUGUGGACUGUGAAACCACAUGCAGAGGUGUAUGACCCUUCUACAGUGAUGGCAGUUUCACCACUUUUUUUACACUGUUAAUUUACAGUAGCCUCUGGUUAAUGUUAUUCACUAGCAAGUGUGUAACAUCCUGAUAGAUUAUGUAAAUUCAGUUUUGCUUUUGUUUUCUAUUAGAAUUAAAAUCCAUCAAAGGGGUUCUUCAGGAUUAGAAAAAAAGACUAGGAUGACCUACAUUACCAGAUCAGCCCAUUGACAAUAGUGGUGAUGUUUCUGGAAUCCCAGAGAGAACCCUUUAUUAGAUAAUUCAAGAGAAGUUAAAAUGUGCUACUUAAGAGGGAAAACUCUUUUAUCUAAGGCAGUAUUUCUCAACUCCGAUCCUCGGGACCCACGUACCAGUCAUGUUUUCAGGAUCUCCUUAGUAUUGAGCAGGUGCUAUAAUUAGUUUCCAUGCAUCAGGACUUACCACAGGUAUUCAUUCUGUGGGAUAUUCACAAAUCCUGACCGGUAGGUGGGUCUCCAGAACCGGAGUUGAGAAACCCUGAUCUAAGGAAAUUGAAUGUGGUAGACGUCACAAAACAUUGCUUAAGCCAUCCGUGCUGAGUACGUGGAAUAUAGACUUUAAAGCAAAGCUCAGUGGAGGACCACUGUUUGUGCCAUAUGUCAGGGACCUACUAUAUGUCAUUAAUUGUUUACAUGUAUGUAAACACAUGGGGGCUUUAAAACAUGAAUAUUGCCAAAUUGGAACUGAUGCUUUAUAUAAGUAUUCUACAUUUGUAUAUUAUCCACUGAGGAACAGGAACUGUGUGUAGUUUUCUUUUACUACAAAUUGCGACUUUUAAGUCAAGAAAUUACUGGCUGGAGAACCACUGAGGCCGGUUUCUUUGGUUUAAGUGUAAUGUCUAUAUCAAAUGAUUGUAAUAUAUGUUCUAGUCAAUAUCCAGGGUACCAUGAUUGCAGUGUUUACUUCCGAUACCUGAAAAAUGUGACACACAUCUGAGUGUAAUGCUAACGAUGCAGGAUUCUUUCUGUGGAAUUUGGUCUUUUGUAAAUCACAUCCUGCAAAUAGAUUUUUUUAUGCUUAGAUGUUAGAAUUUACAUGCUUUACAUAGAUGACACAAGACUGUAUCAUAAACAGUAAUCUUACCAAUAUUUCUGUAACAAUGAGACAAGCAUGUUAGGCCUAGUUCACACUUCAGUAAUUUGGUCAGUUGUGAGCCAAAACAAGGUGCGAUCUAAACACAGAACAGGAACAAAUCUUUUCAUUUAUACCUUAUCAAUGUGUAGCCUCCAUUUCUAGUUUUGCCUCACAGUCACUGAUGAAAAUCACUGACCAAAUAACUGCAGGAUGAACUAGGCCUUACGUCUUCACAAGUUACAAAAUCAGUCAUAGUCUCAUUGCCCCUCUUGACCUGCCAUUCACAGAGUAAUACGUUUAUUUGAAACAUACAUCGAUUGUGCCUACCUGAUUUCAGAAAAAAGUGCUAUUAUCAUUAGAAUAAAAGAGCCUAGCCAAAACAAUUAAACAUACCCACAAUGUGAUUAUCCAUGAUCUUGCCCAGUAAAUCUCAAAAAGUGGUGUUUAUGAUUGAUUUAUUCACACAAAUGUAUUAGAAAGGUCUAAGAGCAAAAUCUGCAAGAUGCUAUGUUCUCACCGCUGACGUAAAUGGAGCCUAUGAAAAAUAUUCAAAAACACCAUUUGGUCAUGAGGGCCAAACAAUGGUUUCGGACAUACAAUGCAGUCAGAAAUGUAUUUUAAAGGGGUUGUCGCAUGACGACUGUCCAUUUGUCUUAGGCUAGGCACACAUCACCUUUUAAUAUGUUUGUGUGAAUACUGCCUAUUUAUGACAGAUUGCAACGCUCAACCACCAUUUCCAAUGUUGAUAGAGUUCAUGGAGCAUACAACUAAAAUACGAUGUUUCCUGUACUGUGUGGGAAUCUAUAAUCUGUAUCUUUGGGGCACUAGCAUCAUUUCAUUUUCAAUUCUCUAGACUCUGUUUGUAUUUUUGUUUUUAUAUCAGAUAUCAAUUUAUGUGAAACGUUUAAUAUUGGGCAGCAAACAUUAAGAAAUAUGCAUUCUACAUUCCAGGAGUCUUAUAACAAAUUAUGGACCAACCAGGUUUUUCUAGAUUCCAGAGAAACUAAAGAAAGCAGCAUUGCAGACCAGUCAAUGUUCAUUUUUAGGUGUUCUAAAUAUACAUUUUUGCAAAGGGAAAUAGCAAUAAGGCACUCGGACUUUGUUUUUACGGUUCAAUGUGUUUCAUUGGAUGAUACUAGGUAUAUGACAUGCAGAAGAUUGUACGUUGUACCCUGCUAUUUUUUAAAUAAAAUAGUUCUGAAAAGA